AACUACACAUGUUUCUUUGAUCRGUUGUGUCAUGGCUAUGGUAUUUAGAGCUCAAAAUCCUCAWUUUCGUACCCUAGGAUAUUAAUGCUAACCUUUACUAGUUGUUUAUCAUGGUUAGCUGCGUCCAUGUGAGUCGUUUCAAACAAGGAAAUGGUAUCAAAAUCUAUCAAAAAAUCCACACUCACUUUGUAGCUUGUCUGUCUCGCGAAGACAGGAAGAGAAAGGCAACGUCUUGUAACUGUCAUAGCUGUGGGACAAACUCCUGCCGAUUGCAUUCCUGUUUAUUUUGUGUGUAUUUCGGUUGUUACACCGGUAGCCGGCACAUUCAACAACAUGCUCGUACUUCAGGACAUUCUUUAGCGAUCGACCUGAGCCAUGGCAGUGUUUAUUGUUUUGCAUGUGGUGACUAUAAAUAUGACAAAGACCUGGAAAAAAUUGGCAAAGAAGAAAGUCGUAGGGCUUGGAGACGACUUACUAAUGGACGURCAAAGUAUAUCWCAUGGUAUCCGACUAAAGGUGAAGCCAAACUACUCAAAGAUAAUCCAAAAAGAAUAAAAGUUACAAGGAGCUCUACUAUAGGUCUUAGGGGUCUUAUAAAUCUUGGAAAUACUUGCUUUAUGAAUUGCAUUGUGCAGGCUUUGACACAUACACCACUUCUAAGGGACUAUUUCUUGUCAGAUCAGCAUGUCUGUAAGAAUGAAAGUAGCAGUUGUCUUGUUUGUGAAAUGGCAUCUUUGUUUCAAGAGUUUUAUUCAGGUCAAAAAAUGCCACAUUCUCCAUAUAAACUACUUCAUCUAGUAUGGACACAUGCACGCCAUCUAGCCGGCUAUGAACAACAAGAUGCACAUGAAUUCUUUAUCGCAGCAUUAGAUGUCUUGCAUAAUUAUUGUAAAGAUGAUGCUCCUGACAAAGAUACCCUAAAACCUAAUAAUCACAAUCAAUGCAACUGUAUAAUAGAUAGAAUAUUCACUGGAGGACUGCAGUCUGAUGUAACGUGCCAAGUAUGCAACUGUGUCUCCACAACUGUUGAUCCCUUCUGGGACAUCUCACUUGACCUUGGUCAUGGGGAAAAAGAGAAUGGAAGAAGUAGUUCUGGAGCCUCAGCUGCAUCAACCCCAGAUCCUUCUCUACCAGGUGAAGAUAGUAAUGGACAAACACCAGAAUGUACACAUUUAGAUGAAAGCUUUGUACCCAAGUCAUUAAUAGAGUGUUUGCGAAGGUUUACUAGACCAGAAAGGCUAGGAAGUGAAGCAAAAAUUAAGUGUAAUAAAUGCCAAUCAUAUCAAGAAUCAACAAAGCAGCUGUCUAUGAAAAAGCUGCCUAUUGUAGUGUCUUUUCACCUUAAGAGGUUUGAACAUUCAAAAAAGUCUAAAAAGAUUUCAACAUACAUUCCUUUUCCACAAGAAUUAGAUAUGACACCCUUUACUUCAGAAAGGUUAGGACAAAGUGUAGAUUUAAACGGGCAAGAAAACUCCUCAUGCUUGUCUUAUGAUAGCAAGUAUACAUUAUUUGCUGUAGUCAAUCAUAGUGGGACCUUAGAGGUUGGUCACUACACUGCUUUUAUACGUCAACAGAAUGAGGUAUGCUGUUUAACUAGUUAAAUCUUGAUUGAAUAUGCAUUCAAUGAAGGUGAAUGCAGACAAAUUUUCCAUAGUCCAGUAUUGUUGGUAAAUUGUUGUAGGCAUGAAGUAUAGUACUUUGUGUACUAAGGUCAAAGCACCUGAUAAUGCUCAUUGUUCAAAUGAAAUCUUAUACAGUAUUGAUUGAAUCAUUCAAAUGCCCC